AUGGAUGGUCUUAAGAUUAAUUUAUCUGGGUUAAGAGAUAAAGUCUCUAGUAAAUUACAAAAUGAGAAAUCUAAACCUGAUAAGAAAUCAAAACAAAAAAAUAAUAAGAAUAAUAAAGAUAAAGAUUUAAAGAAUCAAAAUAAUUCAAAUGAUAGACAACCAAAGAAAUCUGAUAAUAAGAAUACCAAAGAAGAUAAACCUGCUAAUAAGAAACAAGAUCAACCACAAGGUGAAUCACAAGCUGAUAUCUUACGUCGUGAAGCUUUGGAAUUGGGCGCUACUGAAGAAGAUUUAAAAUUAUUAGAUGGUGUUAAUGAUGAUGAAGAUAGUGAACAAGAAUUUGAUAAUGAUGAUAAGAAAUUAGAAAAUGGAUUUAAAGAUGAUUUAUCUAAAUUCAUGCAAGGUAUUGGUUUAGGUAAAGGUGAAGUUCAAGUUGUUGAAGAUUCUGAAGUUGAAGAAGAAGAAGCUGAGGAAGAAGAAGAAGAAGCUCCUGAAUUAGUUGAAGAAGACGAAGACAAUGAUGAAGAAGAACCUUUCGAAGAAGAAGAAGAUGAUGAAGAAGAAGUUGAAGAUUUCACUGAACAUGAUAAUACUGCCGUUUUCCAAGCUGCUCCAGAAGAAAAAGAAGAAGCUGCUCCAUUACAUCAAAGAAUUGAAACUACAUCUAUACUUAAUAGUGCAAAACUUAUAGUUCCACCACGUAUUGAUUGGUAUAACAUCCCAAUUGAAUUAUCAGAAGAUGCUACUUCUUUAUCACAAAUUCAAAUUGAUAGAUUAUAUCAAAAGGGUAAAGAAGCUUUAGAAACUGAUAAUUCAACUUAUUAUGAAGAAUUUUCUAAAACUUCAUCACAAAAAAAGUUCUUGUCACAAAUUUUAUCAGAUGGUACAUUAAAUGAUAAAAUUUCUGCUUUAACUCUUUUAGUUCAAGAAGCUCCUUUACAUAAUACAAAAUCUUUAGAUACUUUAUUAGGAUUUUGUUCUAAAAAAUCAAGAAAUUCUGCUUUACAAUCAUUAAAUGCAUUAAAGGAUUUACUCAUCAAUGGGUUAUUACCAAAUAGAAAGUUAAGAUAUUUCAAAAAUCAACCUUUGAGUAAUAUGUUAACCAAGAAACAAUUAGCUAUUUUCUAUUUUGAAGAUUAUUUAAAACAAUAUUUUUUCAAAGUUAUUCAAAUUUUAGAAAGAUUAUCUCAUGAUCCAAUUAUCCAUGUUAGAAUGAAUGUUGUUGGUCAUAUUUUUGAUUUAUUGAAGAAUAAACCAGAACAAGAAGUCAAUUUACUACGAUUAGGUUGUAAUAAAAUUGGUGAUAUUGAUAAUAAAGUUAGUUCUAAAACUUCAUACCAAAUUUUACAAUUAGAACAAGCACAUCCAAAUAUGAAAAAAAUUGUUAUUGAUGCAGUCGUUGAUAACGUCUUCAAACAAAAUAGUGAUUAUCAUACCAAAUAUUAUUCUGUCUUGACAUUAAAUCAAACAAUCUUAACAAGACGUGAAGAUGAAGUUGCUAAUGUUCUUGUAAAGACAUAUUUUGCAUUAUUUGAAAAAUUAUUAAUUGAAUCAGAUCCAAACAAUGUUGAAGUUGAAAAGAAAUCUGGAGAUUCAAAAGAUAAUAAUUAUAAAAAUAGAAAGAAAAAUUUCAAAAAGGGUAAAAAAGGUGGUAAAUCAAUUAAAGCUGAAAAAUCUGAACAAGAAGUUUUAGAAGAAAAAAAUUCAAAGUUAUUUUCUGCUUUAUUAACUGGGUUGAAUCGUGCUUUCCCAUUCUCAAACUUACCAACUGAUGUUUUCAAUAAACAUUUAGAAACAUUAUAUAAAAUUACACAUUCAAGUAAUUUUAAUACCUCUGUUCAAGCUUUAGUUUUAAUUUCACAAAUUGUUAAAACUCAAAAUUUGAAUUCUGAUCGUUUCUAUAGAACUUUAUAUGAAAGUUUAUUUGAUCCAAGAUUAGUUUCAUCUUCAAAACAAGGUAUUUAUUUGAAUUUAUUAUAUAAAGCAUUGAAACAAGAUGCUAAUACAUCAAGAACAAUGGCUUUUGUUAAAAGAAUUGUCCAAGUUUGUUAUAACUGGGUUAAUGUUGGUUCAAUCACUGGUAUGUUCUUCUUGUUGAUGGAAUUAGAAAAAUCUAUCCCACAAAUCAGAAAUUUAGCUUUAAAUACACCAGUUGAUCAUAAAUAUGUUGAUGAUGAAGAUUCAGAAGAAGAAAAUUUCAAAGAUGUUGAUUCUGAUAAUGAAGAUUCUAAAACCAAAGAAACUGAAGCUAAAAAAGUUAAACCAGCUAAAGACUUAGAAUAUGAUGGUCGUAAACGUGAUCCAAGAUUUGCUAAUGCUGGUAAUUCAUCAUUAUGGGAAAUCAAUGAAUUUUUGAAUCAUUAUCAUCCAACUGUUCAAUUAUACGCUGAAAGUUUCUUGAAUCAACAAAAACAAACCAAACCAGAUCUUGGUUUAUUCACACUAAGUCAUUUCUUGGAUAGAUUUGUUUAUCGUAAUGCCAAACAAAAACCAACUACUAAAGGUUCAUCUAUUAUGCAACCUCUUGGUGGUGCCCAUACUGGUUCAUUAUUAGUUAAAGCUUCAAAUAAAAUCAACCCAGAAGUUCCUGUUAACACUGAAGAUUGGUUAGCUAAGAAAGUUGAUGAUGUUAGACCAGAUGAAAAAUUCUUCCAUCAAUAUUUCACAACAAAAGAAAAAGAUCCUUCACAAUUGGCUGGUGGUGAACCUGCAGAAGAAGAUUUCGAUCAAGAAAGUGAUCUAGAUGAUGCAGAAGUUUGGGAUGCCUUAGUUAAAUCACAACCUGAAAUUGAAGGUGAAGAUGAAGAUAGUUUAGAUGAUUUCAGUGAUUUAGACGAAGAAGAUUUCAGUGAUUAUGAUGAUGAAGAUGAAGAAGCCGAAGCUGAAGCAGGCGAAGAACAACCUACAGAACAACAAGAAGAUGAAGAUAGUUCAGAUUUUGAAUUACAAGCUAUUGGUGAUUCAGAUGGAGAUGAAGACGAAGAAGAACAAGAACAAGGUAGUGAAAUUGAAGAUGAUUUCAAAGGACCACAAUUCGAUGAUGAUGAAGCUGAAGAUGAUGAUAACGAAGCUGAAUUAUUCAAAGGUAAUUCUGAAGAUGAACUCGCGUCAGAUGAAGAAGUUGAUGAAGAAUCUGAAGAAGAACCAGCUCCAAAAUCCAAGAAACGUUCAUUCAAAGAAACCAAACAAGAAGCUAAACCUUCAAAGAAAUCUAAGAAAUCUAAAUUCAGUGACUUACCUGUUUUCGCAUCUGCUGAUGAUUAUUCACAAUAUUUGAACUCUGAUGAUGAAGAUUUUUCAUGA